UUUGAUUUGUACAAAGCCAGCCACCGGUAGUCAAUUACCCCUUUCUUUUUUCUUUCUUUUUUUUCUUUUAAUUUCCAAAAAAAAAAAAAAUAAAGAUAUUGAAUAUAUUAGAGAGAUUUGUUCGUGUUAACCAAGGAGGAGGGAAAAACAAAAUCUAAUUACCGAGUGCAUUGACUUUUUUCUCUUUUUAUUUGACUUUAACGAUUUAAAAGGAUACAAAGGUUUCGAUCAGUGUUUGUGCUCUGCAGGGCAUCAGUCAUUCAGUCUCUCUUUUUUUUUUUUCUUUUUUUUUUUCCCUGUUUUGUUCACCCCCUCUUAUUCUCUGCCCACAAGCACUUUUUUCUCUGUCCUGUCCUCUCUCUAGAGAGAGAGAGAGAGAGAGAGAGAGAUGGGACGAGCUCCUUGUUGUUCCAAGGUUGGGUUGCAUAGAGGUCCAUGGACUCCCAGAGAAGACACACUUCUUACCAAGUAUAUUCAAGCUCAUGGGGAAGGCCAUUGGAGAUCUUUGCCUAAAAAAGCUGGACUUCUGAGGUGUGGAAAGAGUUGCAGGCUAAGAUGGAUGAAUUAUUUAAGACCGGACAUUAAGAGAGGGAAUAUCACCCCUGACGAAGAUGACCUUAUUAUCAGACUGCAUUCCCUUCUCGGCAACCGAUGGUCUCUCAUCGCCGGUAGACUUCCUGGUCGAACCGAUAACGAGAUCAAGAAUUACUGGAACACCCAUCUUAGCAAACGGCUCAGAAGCCAAGGAACCGACCCAAACACUCACAAAAAGCUACCAGAGCCGGCCCAAGAAACACCCAAGAGGAAGAAAAACAGCAAGAACAAGAACAAUAACAUGAAGAAGCAGACCACGACCAGUAAGGGCAAAAGUACUCAUCAUGAGGUACAAGUACAAGCCCAAGAAAGGCCAAAAGUUCAUCUACCAAAACCCAUUAGAGUUACUUCCUUUUCACUAAGAAGAAAUGACAGCUUUGAAUGCAACACAACAAGUGGGUCUUCAAGCCAAGAAAGAGAAGGCUUCGAUGUGCUAACACCUUGGUGUAACAACUUCAAAGAAAGUGAUCAUAAUGGUGGGGUAGGCUUUGUCAUUGAUGAUGAUCAUCAUCAACAUCCUCUGAAUGGCUCAGAUUUUGAAUGUCAAUCUCAUGAAGAACCAACACAGGAUAACUCCCUAGAGAAGCUGUACGAGGAAUACCUUCAGCUUCUGAAGACAGAAGAUCAUAACAACCAGCUUGAGUUGGAUUCGUUCGCUGAAUCAUUAUUGAUAUGAUAAAGUCAGAACUUUGGGAAAUUAGUGUGUGUGUUUGUGUGUGUAUGUGAAUUCGAAGUGUUUUAAGGUUUCAGAUUUCUUCACGUGCUUACCUUCUAGCAAACCUUGGAACCAAACGGUCCUCACUUUUCCUUUUCUUAUGUAAUAAUAUUAACAAAUAAUAAUGGUGAUGAUAUAUUUGAUAGUGA